AUGGCCACUCUCGCCUUCAAUUCCGUCGCCGCCACCUCCCGCUCCUCCGCUGCCGCAUCCGUCGCCAGCUCCUGCAUUCGGCGCCAGCUGUCGCAUCUCCGUCUUCCUUCUGCUCCUAUUCAGACAUCACUUUCCUUGCAGCGCUGGUCUUCCUCUUCUUCCGCCGCUUCAGGUGUGAGGGCUCAGGUGGCAACCACCGAACAAGCUGGAGUUGAGGCUGCUGCAAAAGUUGAAGCUCCAGUUGUAAUUGUCACUGGUGCUUCUAGAGGAAUCGGGAAGGAAAUUGCUUUGGCUUUGGGAAAGGCUGGUUGUAAGGUCCUAGUGAACUAUGCGAGAUCUUCAAAGGAGGCUGAAGAAGUUUCCAAAGAGAUUGAAGCAUGUGGCGGCGAAGCCUUGGCUUUUGGAGGCGAUGUUUCGAAAGAAGAAGAUGUAGAAUCCAUGAUAAAAACUGUGGUUGAUCGAUGGGGAACAAUUGAUGUCUUAAUCAAUAAUGCAGGUAUCACACGUGAUACCUUGUUGAUGAGAAUGAAGAAGUCUCAGUGGCAGGAGGUUAUUGACUUGAAUCUUACUGGAGUUUUUCUCUGCACACAGGCUGCAGCUAAAAUCAUGAUGAAAAAGAAAAAGGGAAGAAUCAUCAACAUAUCUUCUGUUGUUGGUUUAGUUGGCAAUGCAGGGCAAGCCAACUAUAGUGCUGCUAAAGCAGGAGUCAUUGGCUUAACCAAGAGUGUUGCAAAAGAAUAUGCCAGCAGGAAUAUUACUGUCAAUGCUGUUGCCCCUGGAUUUAUUGCAUCUGAUAUGACUGCCCAGCUAAGUGAAGACAUUGAAAAGAAAAUUUUGCAAAGUAUUCCGUUAGGACGCUAUGGUCAACCUGAAGAUGUUGCUGGACUAGUGGAAUUCCUGGCACUCAAUCCGGCAGCCAGCUAUAUUACCGGACAGGUUUUGACCAUAGAUGGAGGGAUGGUUAUGUAG